UCACCCGGAACCCUAUUGCUGGUACACGUUUUAUGACUUGCUGAGUAAAAGAAACAUGGGAUAACAAACAGUAGCAUUCAGCUCUAGUUUUACUUGUUCGGUAAAUAAAAAGUGUGACAGGAAAACAUGGCCUCUACAUACGACUUGGACAAACCGUCAGUUUCUAAUGUGGAAGAAAACAGAACCCGUCUCUGCGAAGAGUUUGCUGCAAUAACUGGGACAGACAGCGCUGUGGCUCAGUGCUACCUGGCUGAGAAUGAGUGGGAGAUGGAGAGAGCUUUGAACUCAUUCUUUGAGGCUGACUUGGAGAAAGUGUUUGAAGAAGAUUUAAUAGAGAGUGAGCCUGGUCCCAACACAAAGAAGCAAAAGGUGGAGGAGAGACCUCCAGAAGAAUGUAUAGAUUUGACUGAAGACAGUUCAGCCUCUGCACAUAAAACAUCAGAAGAAGAUGAAAGCAAACUAUCACUGAUCUCCUGGAACGUGGAUGGACUUGAUACAGACAACCUUGCAGAACGUGCCAGAGGCCUGUGCUCCUUCUUGGUCUUAUAUACUCCAGAUGUGGUGUUUCUCCAGGAGCUCAUUCCACCUUAUGUCCAGUACUUGAAGAAACGAGCUGUCAGCUACCUCAUUAUUGAAGGUGGUGAAGAUGGUUACUUCACAGGCAUGAUGCUGAAGAAGUCUCGAGUCAAGUUAAUAGAGAGUGAGAUUGUUGCUUACCCCACCACUCAAAUGAUGAGGAAUCUGCUCGUAGCUCAGGUAACUUUCAAAGACCAGAAACUUUGCCUGAUGACGUCCCACUUAGAGAGCUGUAAAGGCCAAGCGGCAGAGCGGAUGAAACAGCUGCGAGUGGUGAUGCAGAGGAUGAGAGAAGCGCGUGAUGAUGUUACAGUUCUAUUUGGAGGGGACACAAACCUUCGAGACGCUGAGGUGGUGAAGGUUGGUCUGCCCCCAAGUGUCUGUGACUUGUGGGAGCGUCUGGGGAAGCAGGAGCACUGCCGCUACACUUGGGACACCAAAGCCAACAGCAACAAGUCUGUUCCCUACGUCAGUCGUUGUCGUUUCGACCGAGUCUAUCUCCGCCCGGCUACAAAGGUCGGCGUCCCCUGCAUUGCCCCUGACCACAUGGCCCUAGUGGGACUGGAGAAGCUGGACUGUGGACGCUACACGAGUGAUCACUGGGGAAUCUACUGUAGCUUCUCUUUGGGGUAGAAAUGCACAAGCUGAAACAUACCAGUCCCACUGUCUUAAAUGAAGCUGGUCUUGUCUUUUUGGUGUGUUUUAUAGCUGCAGUGCAAACCUGCUGUAAGGGCAAAGUGCUGACCACACUUAUACGUUCUCUGUGAAAGAUGUCUCGACCUCAUAUCUGAGGUUGGUUAUCUGUACAUUUUAUACAGUGAUUUGAUUUGUUCUUAUCUUCUAAUGUGCCUCCUGUUGGGAUCUUGGCCCAACAUUUUUUUCCUGUAUGUAAAAUAAUUAAAUAAAAAGUAGAAUGCACCAAUAAAUAUUCAACUGAAG